AUUCAAGGUCAACUCCCUGAAAAAUGGCGACUGUCGGAAGUAAACCGAGUGGGACCGGAGGCGGUGGAGGGGGAAGUUCAAUGCUCAAACAGGAUAAAACCCAACCUCAGUUUGAGGAUCGUUGGGAGGGUAUGAGACCAACUGUUCUUAAGCUCAUGAGGCAGGAAAAUGUGAGCAGGAAAGAAUGGCAAGAUCUUUUCUGGGAGGUGUAUUCAGUGUGUGUUUGGGAUGAUAAAGGCGUAGACAAGGUCAACGAAGCUCUCAAACAUGAUAUUGUUGAUUUUGUACACCAAGCUAAACAGCGUGUCCUGCAUGAUCAAGAUGAGUCUGCACUCCUCAAGGCAUACAUCAGGGAGUGGGGCAAGUAUUUCACCCAAUGUGAUUUCCUACCCAUGCCAUUCAAACCCCUGGAGACAGCCACAGGAAAGGUCUCCGGAGCCCUGCAGAAAAAAGCCAAUCAACAAAAUGAAGACUCCACAGUCAGAAAGUUGAUGUUGGAGAGCUGGAGUCAUUAUAUAUUCUCUAAAGUCAAGCAUAAGCUUCAGGAGAGUGCUAUGGCAUUGGUUCUGGCCGAGAGGAACGGAGAGGCCUUUGACAAACAGCUUGUCAUCGGUGUCAGAGAAUCAUAUGUUAAUCUAUGCUUAAACAGUGAAGACAGAUUACAGAUCUACAAGGAGAAUUUUGAGAAAGCUUACCUUGAUGCAACAGAAUCCUUCUACAAGGCACAGGCUCCAAAUUACUUAGCGGAGAAUGGUGUCCAGAACUACAUGAGAUAUGUAAGUAGAAAGUACAGAAAGAUCUUAAAUUCUGCAGAUGUCAACGGGUCAUCAGCAGCACACCAGGGAUCACAGGUGUUUCGGCCAUUUGAGUGCUGUACACCUCCCCCUGGCUGGCCAGUGCUUCGCUGGAAUACCCUGGACAGCACCCCCAUUGACACCUAAGUGAUCUGGAUUGUCCAGAAAGCACUACGAUGCCUUCUGAAUAACCCAAGCCGAGCCCGUCUCGGCAGCCCCACACAUUCUCCUCACCCACUUUUCCCCUUCCCUACCACUGAACCCCAUUGCUCGGAUCCAUCUUCUUACAGAGACACCCGCUAACCCCCUGCACCCAACCUCGACGGUAUGUACCUCCGCUCCCCAUCCAUUCUGCUCACACUCCUGCUUCAGACUAGCAUACUUAUCCAUUUUCCUCUCCCUCGCCUCUUCUAUCCUGGUCUCCCAUGGCACCGUCAACUCGACUAUCACAAUCUUACGUGCCGACCUAGCCACUAGAACCAUAUCUGGCCGCAGGGCUGUGACUACCACCUCUUCCGGCAUAGUCCUAUUCCCCUCAUCCACACGUACCUCCCAGUCGUCUGCAGCAGCUAACAACCCACCCAUACCUUGUCUUUGCCUUGUCUUCCUACACCUUGUCCCCUUCUUGACAAACUCGAUGCCCCUCACCCUCGGGGGUCCAUUCUUCUUUCUCGCCUUUACCGCUGCCCUUGCCAAAGCUCCCAUCUCCUUCAAGACCUGGUUAUGCCUCCAUGUAUAGGCUUGCAAUAACCCUCCACAAGCUGACAGGACAUGCUCCAAUGACCCUCUUGCCUUCCUGCAAACCUUGCAGCUAUCGUCCUCCACACAACCCCACCUCUUCAAAUUCACUGGCGUUGGCAGGACAUCAAAGGUGGAACUGAUCAUGAAGCGCACGGCUCCAGACGACAUCGUCCUGAGUUGAUCCCAGGAGACCUUCUUCUGCUCCACCUCUUCCCAACGAGUCCAUGCACCCUGCACACCCGGCUGUGCAGCUUUUGCCAACCGACAUUCCUCCUCCUUCUCCUUGACUGCCUCAACCACCAAAUCUCUCCUACCCUUCCUGCCUUGCUUGCUAUACCAUCUCAUACCAGGACGAUACCCUACCCCGCUCCUACCCACUUGGACAGCACCACUCAUCUCCUUCCACUUGGCCAUUGCCACGGCUUCAUCCGCAGCCUCUUCUGCCUUCCACUUCCUCCCUAGGUGUACGAAUCGGUGGCCUAGAAUCCGCUAUUGUCUGAUCCUUCGACUCCCUCAUCAUCAUGACCAACCUAACCUUCCCAGCCUUGUACUCUUCUACCACUGAUGCCAUAGGAAGCCUUAGCUUUCCAGAUUUACAAUAGAAUGCCAAAUCUGUCACCAUCCGUGGAACACCUAUAAACCACUUCCGGUAGAACAAGUUCAUCUUCUGCUGCAUCCUCUCAACUCUAGAAACUGCCACCUCAUACACCUGCAGUUGCCACAUGAUCCGUGGCAGCAGCCCAUAUUGGCAGCACCACACCUUUGCAUUCCGCGGGAUGUCCUAUCCACCUUCUUUAACCACUCUACCACUUUGUCAUAGAUCUGCAUCCCUUGAUGCCUGUCAUUCAACUUGUCCUCAUACCAACGUCCCAAACUCUUCACCCCUUUCUCAGAAACCUGAGGUAUAUCCUCGUUUCCAAUACGAAACCUCUUCUCAACCACCUUGCCCUUCCUCAAUGACACUGACCGACUCUUCUUAGCCUUGAACCUCAUCCUAGUCCAACCUACCAGCUCCUCAAGUCUACGGAGGCCUUUGUCAACCUGGGACUCGUUACACGACACAAUCGUCAGGUCAUCCAUAAAUGCCCUGACAGAGGGAACAACAACCUCUCCAGCCAGCGUCACCCCCUCAAUCUCUGAGGACACGCGGCGGGUCAACACCUCCAUGCCCAGGACAAAAAGCAGCGGCGAGACUGGACAUCCCAUCGGGAUACCAACCUCCAAUGCCUGCCACUCUGUCGUGAAAGUCCGGGUUGUGAAUCUCAUCUUGAACUGACUGUAAUAGCUCCGCACCUACUCCUGGAUCACUUUUGGCACCCAGAAAAAUUCCAGAGCAAAGCUAAGGUAGCUGUGCGGUACUGACCCAUAAGCAUUUGCCAAAUCCAACCAUAUGACAUCCACAUCCUUCUUUUCCCGUUUGCACCUCUGGAUUGACUCCCAGAUCAUCUGGACAUGUUCCAAGCACCCAGGGAAACCGGGAACCCCAGCUUUCUGGACAGAUGUGUCCACAAACUUGUUCUUCAUGACAAAGUCUGUCAAACGCCUGGCCAACACGCUAAAGAGUAUUUUACCAUCCACAUUCAAAAGCGAGAUGGGUCUGAAUUGACCAAUACCCUUGGCAUCCUUCUCCUUUGGGAUGUAAACCCCUUCUGCCAAACACCAGCUGCCUGGGACAAUCCGCUUCCGCCAGAGUACCCUAAGGAUCUGCCAGAGUACUCUUCGGACACGAGGGCAAUACUUGAACAACUUGUAGGACAAGCCAUUCUGCCCAGCAGCACUACCAGCUCUAGCCUUCUUCACCACUCCAUCAACCUCCCAAAGCCUCAACUCACCCAAGUCAAAACAGACCUCGGGCUCUUGAGGCCUAACCAGUCCUGGCAGCUCGACAAACGGCUCCUCUUGUCUCUCAUCGCAAUAUGUCUCCCUCAAAUGUCCCUCUAAUUCCUCCUUGGGCACCUCCAAAUUACCUGAGGCCCCUUCCCCAAACAGUCUCUUGGCAAACUUGUAUGGAUUCCUAUAGAAAUCCUUCCUCUGCUUCUCCCUCCUCUUUUGCUUCUUGCACAGGUUUUCAGCUCUUCUCACAUCCGUGUACCUCUUCAAAUCCUCAUACAACUCCUUCAAGCUAGCUCUCUCUAACUCAUCAGCCUGCCGCCAUCUUCGUUGCAGACUGAGCCAUCAAACGCUGCCUCCUUGUCUCUGGUUUACUAUUGGUGUCCUCCCCCCGGCUUUCACCACUGUCCCCCACAGGUCUUAUUCCGAACUCCUCAGCACACAAUUCAUAGCAUAACCCCUCAAACAUCCGCAUCUUCUUCUCUACAUCCCCCAACAACUCAACCUCUCAAACUCGUCCGAGUUUACUAUCUAACAGUUUCCACUUGUCACUGGCAGCCACGCAAUUGGCUCCUUCCGCUCCAACCCUGCAUGUAAAGCACGCUGAGGGUCACUGGCACUGUGGUCUAAAACCUGACCAGGACCUCCCACUGUCUCACCCAGUUCAGCACUGGUGCAGUCGCGCUCUACUGCCAUCACGCCACACCUCAUUCUUCUCCUGUGAACCGCCACACCUCUUCUCCCUUUGAACAACUUCCCGCACCCUUCACACACACCUUCUUGUUUUCUGUUUGCAAGUCAAACUUUCCGCUCUUUUGUUGCUUGAAGAAAAAAUAUAUAUUGAAGAAAGUACAGGCGAAUCUGCCCAAGUGGAAAUCUUUUAAAACUAUGUAGGAGCUGUAUUUUAUAUUUUAUUAGCUCUAAGUAUACGCGGGUUCUUCCAACACAGAACAAGAACAGAUGAAGAGGUAGAUGUUGCUGGUUUGAAGGUAUGUGCUCAACUGCCUUAGUUUGGCAGGGCAUAAUUUAUUCUUCAUUUCCUCUCUAGGCUUUCUUUGCACAAGGUACUAGAUUUCAAUACAUACUGUAUUCAAAUUAACUUGGAGGAUGACAAUAACAGAAGUAACGCAUCAUCCUGAAUAAGAACCAAUCACACAUAAGGAGUCUUACAACAUAAAUAUUCAUGAUUCAGUCAACCAAGAGAGAGGAGGGGAGUAAUUAACAUAGCUGAGAGGACCAAGAGAUAAAGGAAUUUGAUAACAAAAGGAAUGAUCAAGUGUGGGGUGCAAGGGAUGAAGGAUGGAUGAGGAUGACAAAGGAGAUGGAGAUAACAAGGAUAAAUGAGGAUAAAAGGCAAGAAUGCUGAUGGAGACUGAAGAAAAGGGGAGAGUAAAUUAGGGUUAUUUUGGAGUAGAGCAAUGUCCGGAAAAUGAGAGAGGGGUUAAAGAACUCUGUGAACUCUGGCUUACAGUAAUGAACUUGUAACC